CAUGUUUCGAGGAGUGAAUCCUCUCAGAAAACCCAUCUUUUGAAUCAUAACAAACACAAAAGGGGAGACACUGAGUUACUUGACCACAUUUGAAAAUACAAAAACCUCACCCGAGACCACCACCCGGAAAGACAAUCACAAUUUCUGAGUUAAAAAGCCAACAUGUCAGACCAGAAGGCAGUGAUAAAGAAUGCGGACAUGACUGAUGAAAUGCAGCAGGAGGCAGUGGACUGUGCCAUGCAUGCUAUGGAAAAGUACAACGUUGAGAUGGACAUCUCUGCUUUCAUCAAAAAGGAGUUUGACAAGAAGUACAAUCCCACAUGGCAUUGUAUUGUUGGGAGGAACUUUGGCAGCUAUGUGACGCACGAGACGAAGCAUUUCAUCUACUUCUACCUGGGCCAAGUGGCCAUUCUACUGUUCAAGUCGGGCUGAAAUCCAACCGUGCCUUUCUUCAUUUUCAGUGAACAGCUGAAUAAAAACGCAAAGACA